CCGCCCUAGGGGGCGGUCCCGGUCGCUUUGCAGACGCUGUCGCGCGCGCUUUUUAAAUAAACCAAGAUUUCCCUAUCAAGAUGGAAAGUCCAUCAGACUCAACUGUGAUUUUACCUAGCACUCCUCAGGCCUGUGGGGUUCCACCAUCUCCCCAUACAAAUUGUUUACGAAAACAACCUAUGAGUGCAACACUUAAAGAAAGAUUAAGGAAAACAAGGUCUUCAUUUAGUUCCUAUUGCAGUGUGGUGAAACGUCUUAAAGUAGAGAAUGAAGAAAAUGAUGAGGCUGUUCUAGAAAACCAAGCAUCUUCAGCAGGAGAAAACUCUCUUAAACACAUUGACAGUGAAUCUGAAGAAAAUACGUUUUUGGAAAAUGCCUUCAAGAAUAUCCAUGAGUGUGAAUCUAAAUCAUUUGAUACAAGAUCGUACAUUGCUCUCCAAAAUGAUUUUGGGAAUGAGAAUCCUAAACAAGAAUUAAAGGACGAAAAAGCACAAUUGGUGAAGCAGAUUCAGGAGAAAGAAGAACUUCUCCGGAGACUAAAACUAGUCAAAAUGUAUCGAUCAAAGAAUGACCUGGCUCAGUUACAGUUGUUGAUAAAGAAGUGGAGAAACUGUAGUCAGCUGUUACUUUAUCAACUGCAGUCAGCUAUGUCUGAAGAGAACAAGAAACUAAGCCUUACUCAAUUAAUUGACCACUAUGGGUUAGAUGAUAAAUUGCUGCAUUAUAACAGAAGUGAAGAAGAAUUUUUAGAUGAUUAAUUCAGUUUUUUUUCCCUCCAGGAUAUGCUAUAUAUACAUAUGUAUAUGUGUGUAUAUGUAUAGUAUUUUAUGACUCACCUAGGGUUGAUGAACAAACAAAAAUUACAUAGG